AUGAAGAAAAAAGUUCUUUUAAUGGGCAAGUCCGGAUCAGGCAAGACGUCCAUGCGCUCCAUCAUUUUCGCGAACUAUUUGGCUCGUGACACGAUGCGACUGGGCCCCACAUUGGACGUGGAGCACUCGCAUGUGCGAUUUUUAGGCAAUUUAGUCUUGAAUUUAUGGGAUUGCGGCGGACAGGAUGCCUUCUAUGAAAAUUAUUUUGAGAGCCAACGAGACCACAUUUUUCGAAGCGUGGAGCUACUGAUUUAUGUGUUUGAUAUUGAAAGUCGUGAAAUUGAUAAAGACAUGGCGCAUUUUGACGGCUGCUUAGAAGCAAUAGAUCAAAACUCGAGUAAUGCAAAAGUAUUUGUGCUUAUUCACAAGAUGGAUCUUGUGCCGGAGAACCAGCGUGAGCGUGUGUUCAAUCAAAAAAAGGAAAUGAUCUUGGAGCGCACAGGUCAACUGCCGACAGUCUGUUUCGGCACCUCUAUUUGGGAUGAAACACUGUACCGUGCAUGGUCAUCUAUCGUAUACUCAUUGAUCCCGAACAUGCAAGAUCUUGAGAAACAUUUAAACAGCUUUUGCUCCAUAUGCAGUGCUGACGAAGUCGUGUUGUUUGAGCGUGCGACUUUUCUUGUCAUCUCGCAUGCCACACACACAAACCACCGUGAUAUUCAUCGUUUUGAAAAGAUAAGCAACAUUAUAAAGCAAUUUAAAUUGAGCUGCAGCAAAACUCAAGCGCAAUUUCAAGGUAUGGAGGUGCGCAACUCCAACUUUACAGCAUUUAUCGAUUUCUUCACUGCCAACACGUACAUCAUGAUUAUCAUGUCAGAUGAAUCGAUCCAACCGGCGACAAUUCAUUUGAACAUCAAGGCAGCUCGACCUGUCUUUGAGGAACAUGUACAACAAACGAGUUAA